CAUCAUCAAUGUACAAAAUCCCUUCCAUAACAUAAGCAACAUCACUUGCUACGCACCCAAGAAGCGAUAGAUUCUCAAAAAUGGGUGCAUGGUUAAGAACUGCAAAGCCAUAUUUACUACUCUUGGCAGUUCAAUUUGGUUCUGCAGGAAUGUUUAUUUUUGCCAUGGAUGCUAUCAAGAAAGGAAUGAGCCAUUACGUUUUCAUCGUCUACCGUAAUGCUCUCGCCACUGUAACAUUAGCUCCAUUCGCAUUUUACCUAGAAAGGAAAAUUAGGCCGAAGAUGAAUUUUCGUGUAUUUUCAGAGAUUAUGUUACUGGCUUUCUUCGAAAUAAUACUGGAUCAAUGUUUUGCCUUGUUGGGAAUGAAAUUAACGUCCGCUUCGUUCCUUUCCGCUGUGAUGAACUCUGCGCCCUCCAUUACUUUUCUGUUUGCAGUCAUUUUAAAAUUGGAGCACAUGAAGAUAAAGGAAAUAGCAUGUCAAGCAAAAAUGAUUGGUACUGCAAUUACAUUUGCAGGAACAUUGUUAAUGGCUCUAUACAAAGGCCCUGUAGUUAGUGUUGUGAACUCAUCUAUUAGUCAUGCUACCAACCAGUCUGAGAUUGUGAACGAUUCCAGUAAUAACCGGUGGAUCGUAGGAACAUGUUUCCUCCUCAUUGGCUGCGCUGGUUUUUCCGCCUUUUACAUAUUGCAGGCCAUAACAUUGAGAAAGUACCCUGCACCGAUGUCUCUGGCAACAUGGGUUUGUUUCGUUGGCGCGCUUCAAAGCUUUGUGGUGACAAUUAUCGCCGAGCGUCAUAAUUCUCAUGCCUGGGCUCUUGGUUGGGAUUCACGGCUCUUCGCCCCAGCAUAUGCGGGGAUAGUUACAUCUGGAGUACAGUAUUACAUACAAGGGGUGGUUAUGAAAGCUAUGGGUCCAGUUAUUGUAACUGCAUUCAAUCCGUUGCGAAUGAUCAUCGUAACGGCCUUGGCCUGCAUCAUUCUUUCUGAGCAGCUCUUUCUUGGAAGUAUUAUUGGAGCAAUAGUGGUGGUUCUUGGGCUUUAUCUAGUUGUCUGGGGAAAAUCGAAAGAACAGAAAGCCCGGAAUAAUGAUAUUCAUAUGGCAGAGUCACCUACCAAGGAGAACCCAUUACAAGACCAACAUCAGUUACAGUUACCUGUCACAGCUCCUAAAAAUGAAAGUAGAAAUGAUAAUAAAGCUCAAUUGGUCAUGCAUGGAGAAGAAAUAUGUUACAAUUGUGGAAGAAAUUGAAUGGACUGGGCUUUGGUGUUACCUCUUCUGUACUGAUAUAAGCCCAAUGUCAUGCCUAUGCUACUCACAACAUGGAAUUGGCAAUUUGAAAGGACUCGUGAAUUUGUCAUUUAAUUGGUGGUCAUUUGUUGGGAGUAUUAAAGGGCUUUCAAGAGAAAAAAAUUAUAUGAUCCAUUUUAUUGUUUGAGAUUUUAAAAUUGUGAAAGUAAAUGAUAUUCUUAAACUCAAAAACAAAACUCAAAGGAUGAAGGAAAUUUUACAAUUAGACUAAAAUGAAUGAAAUUUUAAAUUUAGACUAAAAUCUUAGACAUAUAGUACCGUAUUAUAGUAUUAAACAAUUGAACAAAUGUGUAUAUGUCAUGAUUGGUUCCAUCUUUU